CCGCCAUUUAUGGCACUCUUCGCUUUCCGUACUGUUGACAUGAAUACGGCGGUAGGUGGUUAGCAAGCUAGCUUGACUUGUUUACAUUUGAUCGUUUAGUGAACAUAUUUAAGAUAUUUGAGGAGGUAUUAAUGGAGACCCGUGCUUUGGGAUGAUGUCUGGCUGCUGUGGAGUCGGGUCGCUGUGUCGGUGCUAACUGCUAACGCGGUGCCGUUAGCCCUGCGUGGCCGGCCAGCGGCGCUGAUUUUCGCCUCGGAGUCAUGAUGGAGGCGGAGGAGCUGCGGCCGGUGCCCCGGGAGCAGGCCAUCCUGGAGAGCUUCUUCACGCAGCUCGGCAUCUUUUCUUUUGACCGGGCGAAGGACUACGUGGAGAAGGAGAAAGACAACAGCAGGAGCGCCGGGGCCUGGGCCGCGCUGCUGGCCGCGCUGGCUCACAUGGCCGCGGCCGAGAAGGCGUACCACGGCCUGAGCUUCCUCGGACAAAAGAUCGGUGGGCAGUCGUUUUUCAGCCGCAAAGACUCCAUCCGGACCACCUACACCUCCCUGUUCAAUGAGCUGCGCAAAGUGGUGACAGCAGGGCGUCACAGCCAACCAGGCUCCACCUCCUACCUGGAGGACCUGCUGUCACACCUGUCGGAGCAGCUGUGCCACUUCACACAGGCUCGCGUGGAAAUGGCCGACCUGUACGAGAAGAUGUACUCGCUCAGUAGCCACAAAAGCAUCAACGGUGACGACCUGGUUGCCACGCUGGAGGCUGUGCUUCAUAAAUACAGUUCCAAAUUCCACCACCCCAUCCUGGGACGACUGGAGGAGAGCUUCCAGAUGGAGGUGGAUGUAGUGACCCAGUUGCUGCGCUGCCUGGCUCAGGUAUCUGAGUGGAGGUUCUUGCCCGCUUUGCUCAGUCUGCACAGCGCUGCCUCUAAGCUCACAGCCUGGGGUCAGCUCUUCCAGCGCCAGAAAGAGACCCGGAAGCAUUUGUUCGGAGGACAGUCUCAGAAAGCCGGGCAGCCGCCGCACCUGUACGUGUGGCUGCAGCGCUUCCAGGCGGCUCUUCUUGCCAAGUUCACCUUCUACUUCCACGAGGCCCUGAGCCGCCAGACAGCCCCGGCCGACAUGAGGGCACAAACUGCACGCACCACGCCAGACUAUUACGGGAAGAUCUGCACCUUCAUCCGCAAGCACGACGCCAGCAACGUGUCCUUGGUGUUUGACAACCGCGGCUCGGAGAGCUUCCAGGGUCACGGGUACCACCACCCUCACUCAUACCGAGAGGCCCCAAAGGGUGUGGAGCAGUUCCCCGCUGUGGUGUCCCUGCCCUCAGGUGAGCGGCCGCUCACGCACUGGCCAAAUGUCAUUAUGAUGAUGGGAGAUCGCGCCGCCGAACUCAACACUCUGGAGAAGGUGGUGCACUUCUAUGAUGAUAAAGUUCAGAGCACGUACUACCUCACGCGUCCUGAACCCCACUUCACCCUGGUGGUCAUCUUUGAUGGCAGAAAGUCAGAAAAGGAUUUACAUAUUACUGCCUUCCUGCAGGAGAUCUUGGUCUCGCUGCGCAACUCCAAACCGUUCAGCAUCCUCAAACCCGGUUCCAAAGGCUGAGCUGCGGGUUGACACCUUCUGAUGGACCAUCAGCCAUUUCCUGCUGAAAACUAGAACGCUUGAUUUUUUUUU